AGAAAAAAGAAAUAUUAGAGAUUAGGGGUAGUGCCUCAGGGUAAGAAGGGCUUGACGAGCUUCCAAUCCUUACAAUCCUACCCCCAAGGAGCACCAUCUGUUAGACAAAUAAGUAAAUAAGUACAAUACGGUGUGGCAGAGUCUGGAAUAGGAUUUGGGAUAAUUCUGUUGAGGAAAACCUUCUCCAAGGAGAUGACACUUGGAAGGGGGAUUGCAUUAGGAGGCAUUUACUGGGCAGAGGGGGAAAGCAGGGAGGAGAGGUAAGGAUAUACAAGAUUCUUAUUGGGAUGCCAUGUGUGUUGUAUGAAGACUUGACUUAAUCUCCAUACUCCUAUGUGGAAGGACACUCAACUCCAUUUACAGAGAAGGAGCAGAUGAUCAGAGAGGUUGAGUCACACCGGCAGCAGAGCUAGGAAUUCAAGCUAGAUCUGUGACUUAGAGCCCAGACUUUCUACUGCGCUCAAGGGGACCCCUGAGGGGAGAGGGCUCAAGACAGACCCCGGGGUCAUCCACACUGGGCGAUGGGACUACCCUGGAAAGGAGCAGUCAGACAGCAGGAUGACCAGGACGAUGCAGCGAUAAGAGCCGAGGAAGGUGCUUGUGUCACCGGGAGACUGGUGGCUUUCUCCCUUAGGCUCCCCUGAGGGCAGGUGCAGAGCGCGGAUGGCGCUUCCUGUCUGGGCGGAGCCGGUCAACAGCAUCUCCAGCCGCCGGUUCCCGCCUCGAAUGUGGGCGGGGCAGAGCCUCGUAAAGUGGGGGGAGGGGAGGAACCAAUGUUAGCCACGCCCCCAACCAUUGUGCCGGGGGAGCUAGAGGGCGAAUGGCCCGUUGUGAGCCAAUCAGGACGUGGCAUGUAAAUAAGCAAGUGGGCUCCCUGGGGGCGACCCCAGAGCGCAGUGUCGCCGCCCUCCAGCGGGUACAGACUGCACUGACCGGCCCCGAGCGAGGCGCGGGGACUCUGUGCAGAGAGGAAUCCGCGGCUGCACUGCAGAACCAAAGAGAGGAGUUGGGCAGUGGGCCGGGCCACCCGCACUAUGGCCAGCUGCCGCCAUCACUCGGGAUACUUGGCCGACGAUGAGGCGGGCCACACUGCGUACAUGGCCCGGGUGCAGCCACCCAAGAAGCCACUGUUGCCGGAAAUGGGGCAAGCCUCCAAGCUGGGCCACAUGCCACACCCACCGUCGAUGUAUGGCCCCUCAGGCAGCUCAGGGCUCCGUGGCCACCGCCGAAACCUGAGAGGCCUGCAGCCCUUUGGUAGCUUUCUGGAUUUCCUUGUCGAGGGCCAGGUCCUGGACAGCCUGCAGACGGUGGUGGAGGAGGCAACUGAGCGCAUGGCCACUGUGAAGACAGAGGCCGGGGUGCCGCUGGUGGAGGUGCAGGACCCUAUAGAGGUGCCGAGGGCGGGGCGGCGGGUGCGUGCCCGGCCAAGCCUCAGUACCGUGCACCGGCACCGUGCCCGGCCCAGCCUCUGCACCGGGCGCCCCAACAACUACCCAUCCUGCUCCAGCUCUGUGUCUGACUCCCAUAGCAGCUUCACAGCCGGCUGGUUGGGCUCCCGCUGCCCAGACAGUGACUUGGGAGCCCGUGGCUUGGGCCCACUGCCGCCCGUGAGGGACAAACUCCUGCUGGAGAAGAACCUCAAACGGCUGCUGCGGCUGGAGCAGAGAGGGAAAUGCCUGGGGCAGUCCUCCUCCCAGAGGAACUCUCUGCUGUGGGACUCGCUGGGCAGCCAGGCCAGCAGCCAGUGGACCCCGGAGCAGCCCCUGUCCUGGUUCUCAGGCCUGCUGGGCUCAAGCUCAGGCACGCCUGAGGCAUCAGACCUGGGGCCUGGAGAGCAGGAGCUGAGCUUCCUCAAGCAAGAGUUCAACAAGGAGAUCAAGUCCUUGCUGAGCCAGCCGGCAUCGCUCAACCUACCAGGCUACUGUUCCCUCCUCGAGCCCCAUCAGACCCUGGGCUUCCUGGCCGAGCACCACCUCUUCCCCGCCCUGCAGAAUGUGGUCAGCCAGGCUGUGGAUAAGUUUAGCAAUGCCCGCCGCCACAAUGGCUGCCCUCUCUUCCCAACAGAAUGGGAAUUCCCUGGGGUCAGAAUUCCCACGACAGAGCCCAACUCUGGCCCAACAUCAGGCUCCAAGCUGCCCAUACCCACCGACCAGGAGGAACCCUGCGAGUCUCUCCACACCAUACCCUCCAGCCUCAAGAUGGUUCAUAGAAAGAGCAUCAAAUACGGAGGACGGGGCAAGCUCAAGGAAGGUGCUUCCCCCGUGUCUAAUGCCCAAGUGGCCACCAGGUUCAGUCUCAAGGUGACACCCACAGAAGAGCCCAAAGUCCCCUCACCCCACCCCAGGCAAGAGGUGCCCGACCAGGACCCUGAAGUACAGAGACCACCUGUGCCUGCUUCUGGGCCCCUGUGCUCCAGCCAGAGGCCCCGGCCCUGGCGGAGACUGCAUCUCAGCCUGCCCGCCCCGGGGAUCACUGUGGAAGUGCCCUCCAGCCAGACCCACCUGACCACCGGGGGCACAGCUCCACUUGCCUCCCCUUGCCCUCUCUCCUCCCACCACCACCCUGUAUUCUCACCACUCGCCUCCUUGAGCCCCGAGUACAGGUUCCUGAAGAAGAAGCCGCUGCCCUCCAUCUCGUCCAAGUCAACCAUGUCCCACCUCUCCAGCCCCUGGUAUGAGGAGCUCGUUAACUACUUGAUGGAGCAGUCCGUCUCCUUGCUCGUCUACAAGUACAAAUUUGAGAAGAACCUUACCGAGCAGCUGGGCUUCAUCUCCUUCCCUGUCACUGAGGUGCUCAUGGACCUCUUCCUGGGCUUCAAGAAGGUGAAGGGCUCCCGCAUCCGCCUGUCCUCGAAGAUUGACUGGAGCUGCCUGCUGCGCAAGCUCGAGGAGGCUGAAUGGGCCCGGCCGGUGUCCUGGCAGACCCAGCACGACGCCUCCCACCUCGGCUCCUCCCAGCAUAGCAGAGAGUCCCCCUCCACGCUGCCCCAGCCGGCCACCGACAUGGAUCAGGAUGAGGCCACAGAGCCUGGCCUCGAUGCUGAGUUGGCAGACCCCCAGCUGCUCACCCCCGAGAAGGAUCCUACAGCUGAAGAGGAGGAGGCCGCGAGCCUGCUGCAGGCCAAGCUCUCCACACCCUCCAGCAGUGGCAUGGGCUCCAAUCCGUCUGAGCAGGCAGAGGACAUGGAGGACAGCCGGAGCAGUGAGGAUGGCGAGGAGGACAACCACAACUUCUUUGGGGACCAGGGUGAGCCCUGGGGCCCCCCCAAGGCUCAAGUGGAGGCCAAGGUCAGCCACUCCACAGAAGCAGGCCACGGUGACCCCCCGUGAGGGCGCCCAUAAGUCGCACUGAGCGCUCAGUUCCCUGCUCCUCCUCCUGCUCUGUCGGAAUGCUACCCACCCCACCUGCCCCUGCCCUGAGCAAAGGUCGGAAGGGCCGAACGCCCCUAGGGAGCUCUGCUGUGCCUCUCAGGGGAGCCAACGGGGCAAAUAAAGCUUGUGUUGAUGGAGUGUGGUUUUCUCGUCCAGAGAUUACAGCCUCCCUUCCACACACCUGCACACCCGCCUUCGAGUAACACGUCCAGCGGGCCAGGUCUGACAGCUGGCCAUGUUCUGACUCCCGUGACCUCACAUGCUCUGCUUGAACACAAGUCCCUGCUCCUGGCCCUCUGCACCCUAGGCUGCCUCUUCCUGGCUCUUCAAGCCUCUCAGGGCUCAUGGUCCUCCUCUGUCACAGCCCUUGUGCAUCACAGCUCCUGCUUCUGGAGGGCUCCUCCUCUGCCAAGGUGGCUCUCCCCUCCCUUUGACAUUGCACACCUUCACGUUCCGACUGAGGAACCACGCAUCCACCCUCUCCUGCUGCUCCCAUGCGACCUAUCUUCCUAAUUUGUGUUUCCCAGCCCCAACUCCUGAAUCUGGAGGUUUCACACCAGGUCACAUGGGGGCUGCUGGUCAGUCAAGAUGUGGGUUGGUUGCUCCAGGCUGGCCACAUGGCUACUUCUCCUGCAGUGGCCCUGGGCAGGCAGCUCUCUCUAGAAGGGUCUGUGGGCGUAGCUGGCGCUGUGAUUGGCAGGUCUCAUCUCCAAGGUUCUCCUGGGGCUUCUGGCCAUCCUGUGCCACCACCA